AUGUGCUGCCAGACCAAGACCGUCGAAGUCUGCGGCAAAUGCGAGAGCACCAGUAUUGGUAGCUAUGGGCCCGUCACGCCAUGCGGUCGGCGUGGACGCGGCCCUUUAACCCAGAUUGAUGACAACACGGAAGAUCCGUGCCACGGAGUUGAGGUUGAUGUCGAGGAAGUGUCUAUCGAUUUUUGUCAUAACUGCCGUAUCUUGGAGGAGUUGGAGGCUCGAGAGAGGAAACGAGAGCAGAACAACGAUAGUGACGAUGAGGAGAUGGAAGAGGUCUAUAUCCCCUAG